AUGUCCAUCACCAACGGUCAGCAUGCCUGGCCUCCGCCCUCGACCGCCGCCCACAUGAACGGCAUCAGGGCCAUCCACCACCUCAGCCAGAACGAUGGGCCCCAAAGAACAAUGACUCCCUUUGAUAAUUCCACCACCGCCUUGAUGCCUGAGGCACUCUCAUCCGACCCCGACGACGACCAGCGCCGCUCCCACUUCGUCGACAAGUACCAGAAGGCCGACGAGCGCAUCUCCAUGCUGUUCGCCGAUGACGGCUCCUACAACAUUCCCGUGUUAGCCGCUUUGAAGCGCGCUCCUACACCCCCCAUACCCCUGCUCCCUCUCACGACCGAUCACGCGCCGAUCCAGGAGCCCCCCCGCAAAAAAGCGAAGCGCGUCAUCGACGAGGACGACUACGGCGACGACGACGAGGACGACGACGAGGACCAAGAAAGCGACCACCCCGUCGCGACUGAUGACAAACUAGAUACACAACUAACAUCCAAGCAUUCCGCCAACGAUGCCGCCGCUCGGGCACUCCUCUCCCCGUCCAAGUCCGGCAGCUCUCCCGUACACUCCAUACCCUCGCCAGGGCGCCAGGCAGACCAGCACACAACCAAAGAAGAUGGAGUGCAGCCCAAGGCAAAGUCCUCCGAGGAUGCGCGCAGGGAAUUGGAGGCGGCGCGCAAUGCGACCGAGGAGGCGGCCAAGCGCGGAUUUCAUACCCUCUUUUACACACUUGAGAACGACAGGACGGCAAUGCUCGAACAACAACAACUGGAGGAAUCCGAAAAGCAACUACAAGCAGAGAUGGACAAGUCGGGGCAAACCAACCACAGCCAAGGACCUCCCAGCAGUCAGAACAACCACGGCUCCCUUAGCAGUGCCAACCUCGGCGCUUCAAGUCUUACCCUAAAACACUUGAUUGCCCGAAUAGACAUGAAGCGCGACCGCGUGCAGGCAUCGGACGCUGAACUACGGUCGCUUAUGAACGAGGUUCGCAAGAACAGGAGUAAAUGGGCCAGCGAGGAAAACGUUGGACAGGAAGAGUUGUACGAGGCACUGGACAAGGUCUUGACCGAGCUCAAGGCGCACACCGAGUACUCGACUCCCUUUUUGACCAAAGUGAACAAACGUGAUGCGCACGAUUAUUACAACAUCAUCAAACAACCAAUGGACUUGGGUACCAUGGCCAAAAGACUCAAGACCCUUCAUUACAAGUCCAAGGCAGAAUUCGUCACGGACCUUAACUUGAUAUGGGAUAACUGUCUUCGGUACAACCAGGACCAGGCCAAUCCCCUACGCCGGAUGGCCAAUGGCAUGCGCAAAGAGGCCGAGAAGCUAAUCCCCCUAAUACCGGACAUCGUGAUCAGGCCAAGGGCAGAGGUCGAAGCGGAGGAACGCCGAAAACAAAACGGUGGCGAGGAUGAAGCGGGCGAUGAUAGUGACGAUGAGCCAAUAAUGUCGUCUCGCGGACGGAAAGCUGGUACCAAAGGGACCAACAAGUCACGAAAAGCACCGACGGACCAGAAAGAAGGGACACCAAGCGUCGACCAAAAACCGAUAUUGCAACUCAACGGGAUCCUAGCCAAAUCUCACAGAGAGGGUUCAGAGGUCGACGGCAGCAAUGGCUUUGGGACGCCUAUCCCCGGCUCCCUAACACCCAGCAACAUGAACGGUGGACACUCUGGGAUCAGCAAUGCGGAUGCCAUGGAGCUUGAUGGGCCGUCACUCAACGGAAUGGCCUUGAAUCACGCGUUCAGGGAAGCAGAUGAGCAGGCGUACGAGGACGAAGAGUACAAGAUCUGGAAACAAGUCACGAAAAAGGAUCGUGCUCUCGUGGCCAAGGAACGUUUCCAGCUGUUCAAAGACAACAAGCUGAAUCCGGAUGAGCCUGCACUAUUACGAACCAAAGCCGGGAUGCGUCGGUUUCUGAAGUCUCGCAAAGAGGCAGAGGCCAUGGGUGUGAUGACCUCCCAGGGUGAUGCUCCUGGUAGCGGAGAUGGCAAUAAGGUGGCCGAGACAUUAGCCCAGGGUAUGGAGGACGAGACCUUUCGGAAUAUUCCCGCCUAUUACGAACCCCAAACGAUAAUACCCGACAUCCCACCAAAGCUACAAUGGAUUGAGGAUGGCGAGGGUCAAGUCAUCAACCAGCAUGAAGAGUUUCUCCGGCUCGUUCCUCGUGGUCAAUUCACCGCCCCUAAUAGCCGGUUCACCAAGAAGUUCGAUGCCAACAUUCGGCAAUUGCAAGAGACUCGCAAACUGUGCUCAAAGAUCAGCGUCAUCAAGCAGAUGCAAAUCCAAACCCAGGUAUAUACGAAUCAGUUCCCCAAGUAUAACCUUGAGCCAUUAGUGGAAACCGACAUCGAGCCCACCUUUCUCGCCGGCGAAGGUCCCGUCAUGACCCCCGAGGUGUGCAGGGCAGCAUUACAACGAUCCGUUGCGAAGAUUUUCUACCAUGCGGGCUUUGAGGAACUGCAACCCUCCGCCCUGGACACGAUAACCGACAUUGCUGGCGACUACUUUCAGAAGAUUGUCCACUCAUACCAAGUAUACCGUGAAGCUGAGUGGAAGGAGGCGCCGCCUGCAUUGAAGGAAAAGGGGGUAAAAUACGUGCCAAGAUUCACGAAUGAGGAAGUCCUCUUGCACACCUUGAGCGAAAGCGGCAUCGAACUGGACGCGCUACAGGCCUUCGCCAAGGACGACAUCGACCGUCUGGGCAAUAAGCUCACCCAGAUCCACGAUCGGAUGAAGGCGCAUCUUGCCGACCUACUUCGGCCGGCACUGACCGACAACAAUGGUGACGGAUCAGGAUCGUUCGAAGAUGGCAGCGAGCAGUUCGUGGGAGGCGACUUUGCAGAGGAACUUGGCGAUGACUUCUUCGGCUUCAAGGCUCUCGGUCUCGACCGCGAGCUGGGUCUCGAGAUGCUUUCGGUGCCACUGCACCUGCUGCAAUCGAGGGUCAGAAACCAGUACCAAAUGCAGUCCUCGACAACCGGCCAAACAACAACCGACCUCUUCGAGCAGCUCCCGCCUGCCGACCCGGUCACCAAGGAAAGCAUCCAAGAGGAAAUCGGCCUCGUUAAGAACUUCUUCCUCGCCAAGCUGCACGCAAACAACGAUCAGCCGCUCGUGGAAGACGAAGACCUGCCCGUCAAGCAACGGAAGCCGCGUCCCCGUCUGGCCGCCAGCGGCAAGAUCACCGCGCCCGCAAAGCGCCCGCUCAGAGAGCAGAUCGCCGCAGCGAAGAAGAGGAAGAAAGAGGCCAUGCAGGGCGCCAAUGCUUCGCCGGAGAAGGCCGGGGCAGCAGGUGGUGGUACGCCCUCCAAGAAGGCCAAGACCAGUCACAACAUGGUCAAUGGUACCGGUGCCGCAGGAGGUGGAGCUGGCGGGCUGAUGGCUCCAUCGAUGGAACGAAUAGGGAGCGUCAAUAGCCAGACGAACGCGAGCAUCACGGAUAAGGAUGAUGUGGGGGCUAUGGGGAUGAUGAGUCCGGAGAGUUUUGAGCAGAAGUGA